AUGUUUGCAUUUGAGAUAUACGAAAUGGAUUAAUAUUACUAAAUCUACAAAUAAUUGAUUGAUAUUGAUGAUAUAAAUUUUGACAGAGAGGAUUACUAUUUUUAUGGAGUAUGGUCUAAGUAUACUCCUUUAAGUCCAAUAUCCUAGGUAGGUAAUAUUGGAUUAUUUGAUAGUACUUGCUUCAACAUCCAUAAUAUUGUAGGACAAGCUAGCUAAAGUGUAUCUCUAUUAUAUUAUGACUGCCUUGAUUAUAAUUAGAAAUAAAUUACAAAAACGAUAAUAUUUUCUGAUAAUGAGAGAUAGCAAUAUUAGUUUGAAAUUCAAAUUGAUCCUAUGGAAUAUGAAAAUGUUUGGCAUUUUUUUUAAAUUUUUGGAUAGCCUUAAAAAAGUAAAUUAGAAUUGAUUGUUUCUUAAUUAGAGAAAAAGCUACUUCAUGAAAUUAUUUAAACUAAAUUUCCUUUCAAAAACAUGGUGUCGUAAUAUAUUUUUGGAGGAGAUUUGAUAGUAAAAGAUUCAAUGAUCACUUCACUUGAAAGAGGGAGAAAAUUUUGUUAUUUUCCAGGAAAAUUAGUUGUAGAAAAAUUUAUAGUAGAAAAUUCGAAUGCUAUUCAAAAUUUAACAUAAUAAGCAAUUGAGAAUUUUGAUUCUUUUAAAACUUGUUAUUGUAAGUAAAAUUCAAACUAUCAAAUAUCAGAUAUUGAUAUGAAAUGGCGAGAUAAAAGUACAUAUACAUCAGAAAAUACUAUUUGCGACUCAUUUACUUUACAAGGUUGGAUUAAAAUCGUCGAAAUAAUUUCCUCAUCUGAAGAGUUUACGUAUUACUUUAUAAAAUUAACAGCUAAUUUUGACAAUUCUUUAUCCGAUUAGAAUCUAUCACCUUUGCAAUUCGGUUAUAAAGUUACCCCAUCUUCAAAUUAUAUUGUUUUUACAACUUACAAAUUUACAUUUCCUUAAGUAACAAUAGAUUUUAAGGAUGAUCCAUUUCUAAUAUAAGAAUUGAUUGAAAUUCAAAAUAACAUCACACUCUGGCAUUAUUUAAAUGUCAAAUAUUUAUAGGAUCAAAUUUCACUCAAUAUUUUGUUUUUUUAGGAAUCAAAUGUAUUUGAAUAUAAAAGAUUGAUUGAAGUAAGGUAAUUUCACAGCCCUUAAUUAAAAUUGCUGUAUGGAAAUUACCUUUAAUAGAAUAAAAAUUAUAUCAAUUUGUAUAUCAGAAAUUUCGCAUUUUUAAAUUGUAAUGAAUAAUUUGAAUCAAUAACUUGUCACUUUAGCUGUCAGGACUGUGAUGGUCCAACUAAAUCAGACUGUCUUUCAUGUUCGAAAGAAUCUAAUCGGAUCUAUUAUCCAGAAUUUAAGAUGUGUUUAUGUCCUUAUAAUACUACUGAGGAAAUGAAAUGUCAAUCAUAUGAAGAUUCAAAAUUAAAUUUGAUAGAGGACAGUAAAUAAAUUAAAUGUCAAUAUGGAUACUUUGAAUUUGAGGGUGAAUGCUUUAAAUGGUACAAUUAUAAAUUUUAUGGUAUUUAGUCCUUCGCCAGUACAUUCAAAUGUUGUUCGUUGUCUUGAAUGUUUACUAAAUACUUAAGCUUGGAGUAAAUCGCCUUUUUGUUCUUUAGAUAUUUAUUUUAGUUAAGAUGAAACAACCUAAUAAGAGUUUGUCUAUUAGGAAAAAUACUAUCUCUUUGAUGGGUUGGAGAUUUACGUUUGUUAGAUCUGCUAAUAGACAAAUUUAUAUAGCAUUUAAGAAUAAUAUUUAGAUUUUUAUUUAAAUUCUUAGGUUUUUAAAUAGUUUUGCAAAUCCUACAAUUACUUGACGUGUUAUGAAUGUUCAGUUACAUUCUGUUUAAUUUGCGAAAUUACACUAAUAGGAUUAAGAUGCUCUAAAUGUAUAUUCAAUUACAAAUUGAUUGAUGGAUAAUGUAUUUCUAACUUUGAAUAUCCUUUGACUUAGUUCUGUAUUUCUCCAUAUUAUUUGACAUCAAAAAAGCUUUGCAAUAUAUGUCCAAUUAAUAAUUGCAAGUAUUGCUUUGAAUAUUCAAUGGAUGAUCUAAGUAUGACUACUUUAUAUCGUAAUUUUGAGAAAUUCGAUUAGGAUGAAUAUGUUCGAAUCGGUUGCUCCUUAUGUGAUGAUGGAUAUACUUUUAAUUUCAAUCUUGAAACUUGUGAAUAUGUGAAACCAUAGAUUUAAAAUUGUUUAAGAUCUUACAUCAAUCUCAAAAAUUAAGAAAUUUGUACUCUAUCCUCUCUUGAUUUUAACAUUGCUCCAGAGAUAAUUAACUGUGAGAAAUAUAAGCCAAAUUGUUUAUAAUGUGUUUUAUCACCUGAAUCUAUCAUUAAAUGUGUAAUAUGCAGGAUUGGAUAUGCUAGUUCAGUUAUCAGCGGAGAUUGUUAUGAGAACUAAUUAGAUGCAGCUUUAAUAACAAUUGAUGGAGAUUGGACAAUUGGAGAUGGCUGGGUUUAAAGGAUUUAAAGUUUUAUGAUGUAGUUUCUACCAAAUAAAUAUUUUUAUCCAUAAUCUUAAUUUAAUUCUUAAAUAACAGCUAUGAUUAUCGAAUGCAAUUAAGGUUAUGAGAUUUCUAUUUAAAGUUUAACUUGUUAAAAGUAUUGCUCGUCUGAAUGUUUACAAUGUGAAGAAUAUGGAUAUAGUUUUAUUUGUACUAAAUGCCCAUUAAAUUAUUAUUAAUUUCCGAUUAGAAAUUAAAUAAAUGGGCAAUGUUCUGAAUGUCCACAACUUUGUCUUAUAUGCAAACCUCGUUCUUUAGAUGAAAUUUAUGUAUUUACUAUUUUAUUCUUAGAGGAUACAACCAUCUUUUAUUUUGACUGAAGAUAAUUUAAUUUACACCAAAAAUUGUAUUCAACCAAUAAAUGAUAUUAAUGUCAUCCUCGAUCCAUAUUUUAAUAUUGCUAAAUACUGUUUUCACUAAGAUUGCGCUUAAAAGGGCGAAUUUGAAGUGCUCUUUAGUCAUUGUGAAAUUUUCAGAGUUUUUUGGCCUUUUGGUUAUGAAUUUGACAUCAACAUAAAUUAUUGCAAUUAAAUAGGUAUCGAUACAAUUACUAUAAAAUUUAACUUUUAAAUAGAAGAUGAAUUUUGCGGUUUGUUAUAUUGGUUGAGUGCCAAUACAGAAUUAAAAUAGAAGAUAUUUUCUUUGUAGAAGACUAUUUUUAAAUUAAGCUCACCUAAAAAACUUAACAUCUAAACAAAUUUUCCCAUUUCAAUAGCAAACUUCGAUUGUGUUGAAAUUGCCAAUGUAGGAUUAAUAUUUAAAGAUAGUCAACACUUUUAAAUAGAUAAUAAUAGUUCCAAAGUGGAAAUUAAAUUACUUAAUUUUUCUCUCCUAAAUAGUAGUAUUAUCAACGUUGAUUCUUUAUUGGAAACUUAAACAUUUGGGAAUUUAAGUCUCCUUAAUGUUUCAAUAUUGAACACUCAUUUUGUUAAUUCUUCUUUCUUUAAUCUUAAAUAGUAAGCUUUCAGUGUAGCUAUCACAAUAGUAUCAUUAACGAUUAGAAAUUGCACAUUAACUGAUACAAACUUAUUCCAAUUUUCAAAUAAUUUUAUGAUACAAAUAGAAAAUUUCAAAAUAGAAAAUUGUCACCUUGUGAACUCUACAAUUUUUAGAUAUUAUACAAAUAUUCUGGAUUACAAUCAAUUUUUUCUCAAAAACUCCAUAUUAUAAUUAAACUCGUUUGUUCAUUCAAGCCUUUUAAAUAGCGAAAACUAUAUGGAUAUUAAAAUAACCAAUUUAGUUUUCAAAAAUAAUUAUUUGUCAAAAAGUAUUGCAAUUGCUUUUAACUCUAAUUUUACCUUAGAUAUUCUAGAUGUUAAUUCCAAUGAAUUUGAAGAUUCAUCUUUAUUAUCAACUUUAUUGAUCUUAAAAAAGGAAAGAAUUUUUCUGUAUUAUUCAACGAUAUAGUUCAAUUUUAAUGUGAUGAAAGACUCAGAAUUGAUUAAUAUCUUUUCAAAUUAAUAAACUAAUAACUUAAUUUUGUUCAUAACCAAUCUCUCUCUGAUUGGAAAUUUUACAAUUCCUAUUACAGAUAGAAACCAUUAUUUAUUUAACAUCUAAUGCUUUUAAUUUACUUUACAAAAUGUAAUAAUAUCGAAUGUUAAUGAUCCUUUUAUAUUUUAUGUUGCUGACAACUAUGAGAUAAUAAUUUAAAACUUAAAAUUUAUAAAUUCACAAAUUUACCAAACGAUUCCAUUGUCAAAUUCAUGCAAAAAUGAAUUUGAACAAAACAAUAAUCUAUUUUUCAUUGAAGGAUUUUUCUUAAUUACUUUAGAUCAUAUAUUAAUUUAAUACUAAUAAAGUAUUGAUAAAUCAAUUAUAGGAAUAAGAUCAAGCAAAAGUUAUUUAAGGGAUCUUGAAGGAUAAAUUAGGAUGACAGAUUUAAUAUUUAAUGGAAAUGUUCUUUUAUAGUAGAAUUAAUCAUAAUUUUUUUCUCUUCUAGCGAUUGAGUCACAAGGAGUAACAAACAUAUUCAUUCGAGACUUAUAAUAUCUAUCUAAUUGUCUUCAUUCCUAUGCAAAUAAUCAAUUUCAAUCUUUUGCAGGUUUAAUUUAUAUUAAUUGCAAGACUGGCUUUGUAUAGAUAAUCAAUAUGAAUGGCUUUUAAAAUGCUGCUACGAAUACCUCCAAUUCAUUUAUACAGAUUCUUUCAAAUACAAUUGUUUUUACAAAUACUACAAUUUCAAAUAAUAAUAUCCUACCUCAAUCAUUCUGGGGUAAGUAUUAUAAUAUAGAAUUUGCUGAAUAAUAUUCUUAAGAAUAAAUAAAUUAAAUUGUUUAGUAAACAUUAAACAUUGAAAAUAUUGGAGGAAUUGCUGUGGUAAAAGCUUAAAAUUUUACCUGCAAAUUUUGCUACUUUAAUAAUAUUCUGGUUCUGAAAAGUUCCAUCUUUGAAAUCACAACAUAAGGAGAAGGAAUUAUAGAAUUGAAUUCCAUUUUUAUUAAUUCAACUAUAAAUAAUAUGAAGUUAAACACCAACGGCUCUGGAUGUGUAAGCAUAAAUUCUGAGAAUAGCAAAUUAAAUCUCAAAAUAUCUAAUGCCACUUUUUUAAAUGUUAUAAAUAGAAUGACUUCUUCAAUUCUUACACUUAUUCCAUCUAAUGUUUAGAAUAAUAUUCUACUUUUAAAUGUUUAAAUUGAAAAUUGUAUUUCGUUGUAUAAUUAACUGUUAAAGGCAACCUUCCUAAGUCAAACAAUCUUGAAAAACGCAAUUACUUUUCAAAACAUCAAGAUAAUUCAAAAAGAAUUGGCUUGGAAAUAGUAUUUUUAGAAAUUAACAGAACUUACUUAAAGUGAAAUUAAGGAAAUCAUAGACGAAAAUAAUGCUGUUUUGAAUUUAUUAGGUAGUUCGGUUAUUAUUAAGAAUUUUAUUGUCGAAGGUCUUUAUUUUAGUCCUUUAUUAAAAAUUCAAGAUGCUCCAAAAUUCAUUAUAUCGACCUGUUAAAUACAAAAUAUUUAAAUUAUGUAUCCUUUAGAUCUCAUUCACUAUAAUGAAAUCUAUCAAUUUAAAAGUUUGAUAUCUUUCCAGAAUUUAAGCAUUGUCAAUGUUUCAAUUUACACCAAAGAUUUGAUAGAUAUUUAAAGAGAACCAGAAGAUAAAUAUAUUAUUAAAGAAUGCCAUCAUAUAAUAAGAUAACCCUAAAAAACUCAUACUUCAUUUACUGUUGAGAAUAUCACACAAAAAUUUAAAGAGCCAAUUGAAAUAGGAAAGUCAUUACUUCAUUUAAGUAGUAUUUCAAAUUAAAGUAGAUUUUUUAUGUCUUCAAUUUAAGUGAAUUUAAAUAAUUGUUCAUAUUGUUCGAAUGGACUAAUCUUUUUUUAAUAAGACUCAUUUUAAACUUUAUAGAUCUAAAAUCUUUAGUGUAAUUUUAAUAAGAUUCUAUUUCAUGGUUGCUUAAGAUUUGUUCUGAAGAAUAGACCUUUAAAUGAUGUAAUAAUUCGAAAUUCAAAUUUUCUAUUUAAUAAUGGUACAUCAGGAAUAGCAGUUUUAGGAAUAAAUACUUCAUUCUAAUUGAAAUCCUGUUACAUUAUGCACAAUAAUGCUAGUUUUUAAGGUGGGGGACUGUAUUUAGACCUAAACAGUGAGAAUUUUGUAAUAAGUCAAUCAAUAUUACUAUAUAAUUAAGCAAAAGAGGGAGGAGGAAUAUAUUUAAAUGGAGAUAAAAAUUUAAAUAUUGAAAACUUACCUAACUCAUACUUACAAUUCAAUAAGGCAGAAUCAUUUGGUAACAAUUUAGUUGAAAGUCCAACGCAUUUGGCUUUGAAUAUUAAUAAUAUGGAAAUGAUGUCAAAGUUUUCAGCUAAUUAGAGCCAAAUAAGAAUUUUGAAAUUAGAUCCAUAUUUUAUCCUAGAUUAAGAAAUCAAAAUAUCAACUCAGUAUUUAAUGAUACCAAGCAAUCAAUAGUUGAAAUAAUAUAAAAUAUAUUUACCAAAGGAGCAAGAAUCCAUACCCUAUAUAAACUAAAUUUACUUAACGCUUAAAAAUAGUAGAGAUGAACUACUACUAAACUUUAAUAAUCCAAGUUGUAGUUUAAGUUAAACAACAGUAUCAAAUGCUUCGACUAAAAUUAUUGAUGCUCCCUCAAAUUACACAUUAGAAUAUGAUUCAGACAAUCACUAUUUUGAUUUGAAGGAACUAAUCUUUCGAUUUGAUCCGUACAAACAGUUGAAUAACUAUUUACAAAUAAAAUUUAAUUGUUCAUCUGUAAUUUAAAAUAAAUAAUUAAUAUAUAUCAUUUAGGCGAGAAGUUUUAAAUGCUAGUUAGGAGAAAUUUAUUCAAACAAUGGAUGUUAAAUUUGUCAAUCGUCUUAAGGAUUUUAUUCUGUUUAAUAUGAUUAAUAAAAAUGUUCCACUUUUGAUAAGCAAAAAUUUGCUGAUAUAACGUCAAACAACAUUAAUUUAUUAGAGGGAUAUUGGAGACCUAAUUAUUUAUCAGAUAACCCUAGUGUCUGUUUUAAGAACGUAAAAUUUUGUCAAGGAGGUUGGGGAGUUGGAGAUUAAUUAUGUAGCUUAGGUCAUAUAGGAGCUUUAUGUGAGGAAUGCGAUACUUAUGAUAUUAAAGGAGAAGGACAGUAUUUUAAGAAUUUAUAGAACUCAGAAUGCUAAGUAUGUUUUGGGGUGGAUGACAGCAUAAUUCCUUUCAUAAUAACUUCACUUUGGUAUGUCAAUUAUUUAACUGUAGGGCCUGUUUCUCAGUACUAAUUACUUUGAAAAGUAUAGCAAAAUCGAAUAGACUAUUUGCAUCUUUAAAGUUAAGAGAAAAGCAGAGUAAAAUAAUAUUUAAAUUAAGUUAAGGUAAUUGUUACUUUUGAUUUUAGAUCAUCAAAGCAUUUUAAUAAAAAUGUUUUUAAAUUAUUUAUGGAUUUAUUCAGUGAUUUUUACUUUUAAUAUUAACUUCUCAUUUUCAUUUAACUUUAUAGAUAAAGCUAGCAAUACUUCAUAUUUUAUGGCUAAUAACUUAGACUGCUAUUUAUCAGAGUACUCAUAAAUUCAAUUGGUUUACUCUAAAGUCUUUGCUAUGAUGAUGUUAAUAUUAUAUUAAUUUGUGAUCAUUCUAUUAGGAUCGUAUAUUUACUCGAGAAUUGUAAAAUCUAAAUUUUAAAGCAAUACUAUUUCAAACAUUACUCUUAGUCUCUACAUUUUUAAUUAUGCAGGAUUAAUCAAAAUGUAUCUAUCAAGUAUAUGUGUAGGCUAAGUUCUAUUCUAUCUUGGAGAGUAGUAUCAGAUCUUAAAUAUAUUUAAGGUGAUGUCUCUUUAAGAUAUGACACUGAGUAUCAUAACAAGUGGAUUUAUUACUUUGUUAUCCCCGAUCUGAUGUUUUUUGGUUAUUUAAUUCCUCUAUGUCUAUUUGUUUUGUUGUAUGCUUAAAGAAACAAGUUGGAUUCCAUUAGACUAAGAGGCCAUAUUUGUUAUUUAUUUAAUGAAUAUAAUUAAGACAGUUACUUUUGGGAAUUAAUCAAGCUCUCAAAAAAAGCAGCUAUGAUAUUUAUCAUGACAUAUUUUGAAACUAAUAUUUCUCUAAAAGCAACAUUAUUGGGUUUGUGCUUGGUAUUAUAUUAAUUGAUUGCAAUUAGAAAUAAGCCAUAUAUCAUUUCCAAGUUUAAUGCUUUAGAUUUGUAUUCUGGGUAACUAUGCUCAAUUUCAAUAUUCUUAGCAGCUGCAAAGUAUAAUAACGAAUAGCAAAAUGAUAUAAUAUCAUCAAUUGCACUUUAGGUGUUGCUCAUUAUAUUUUGCUUUAGACUAUGCCAACCCUAUUUGGUAGAUAUCAUAAGGAUUUAUAAUAAAAAAUAUAAAGUUCUAUUCUUCACUAAAUUAAACAAAAUCUUAAAGUUUAUAAAAUUAGAAAUUAUCGCUUAAUUUCUGGAUAAUUGGUUACUUCAAAUGAAAUUUCAAGAAUUGCAAUUACAGCGCAAUCUUAAUAAAUUACGAUCACUAGCAAGAAGCCAAGUUACAAAUAGACGGUAAUGUAAAUCUUAUGAAUUUAGACUCAUUACUUCUUAGAUUAAUUCUUAAUGGACCUAUAGAUUCAGAUAGAAUAGUCCGGAUGUGGAACAUAAAUCAUUAGUACCUCUCGUUACAGAUUGA